ACCACCAUGCUUCACAUCAUGAUGCUGCCACCACCAUGCUUGACAAGAACAACAGGAAGACAGUUGGAAUUAAAAAUAAAGCUAAAGCAAAAAGGCAAAAGACAGACAAAUACAAAAUCACAGUAUAAAUAAAUGCAAAGUCAGAAAAGCAAUGAAAGCUUUAAUAAGAAAUCAAAAAUCCCUACAUCGCAUCAAAGCAAGUCUACAAAAAUGGGUUUUAAGAAGAGAUUUAGUAGAAUAUGUAAACAUAACUACUUCAUUUUCCUCCAAAAAGAUCAUUUUAACUUGGUUAAAGGGGAGCAGCCAUCCUUGAACUCCACUUAUCAGGUAUUUAUAAUGCCGUAUUCAGAUCCUCCUACAGGAAGUUUUACCACAAAUAACACAUUGACGCGUGUGAAUAUUGGUUUGUUUCGCAAAAUCUAAAAGAAAUUCAGCUUUAAUUUUUAUUUUUUUAAAUGUAUUUAUGAUCUAUGGCAUUAUAACUUUGGUAUACUGCACAGAAGGCAUUUUUGAGUUCGUUCUCCUUCUAGUCAUGUUGGUUCUGUUUCCGUAGAGGUGUUUAAGAAGAGAUACUGCACUGAAAAAUGAGCCCACAGUGAAUGAAAACGUGGCAGCAAAAGCAGCAAAAAACGUUUUAGAAGUUUGAAAUAAAUGUUUGUCCUCUGAGAUUUUCUUUUUUUACAUUUUAAUAAUUGCCUUAAUUAUAAAAGUCGUGACGUCAUUAUUGGAGUCAUGACCGCAGGUGUUUUUUUUUUUUUUUUUUUUUUUUUUUUUCUGCGUUACUUUUUCAGGGGUCGUCCUGCGGAAGGUAAACAAAUGGACACGGCGGCGGUUUGCGGUAAAAACAUGAGAAAUGCGACCGAGCGGCGCCGAGUGAAGCGAUUAAAAUGCCCGGACAGAAGAGGAGAUACAACGUACGCUUCCCUCCGAGGCGCAUCAAGAAGAUCAUGCAGAAGGACACGGAGGUCGGUAGGAUCGCGAUGGCUGUUCCUGUGAUCAUCUCUCGAGCCUUGGAGAUGUUCCUGAAGUCUCUGCUGACUAAAACCUGCCUGAUCACUCAGUCCAAGCUGAGCGCCGUCAUCUCCAUAGCUCACAUGAAGCAGUGCAUCGAGUCAGAGAAGCUCUUCCACUUCCUCAAAGAUCUGGCAGAAAGAACUUCGACUACGGCGGCCCAGAAGGACAACAGAGGGAUGAACGUUUGGCCGUUAUACAGGAACAAACGACACGAAAUUUGUGCCAAAAAACCUCCCGAAGCUGCAGAAACGUCUCUGGACAACGACAGCAGCUCCAGUGAAUCGGAGCUUUACAUCUGUUUAUAACCAGCGGAAAUGGCAUCGAUUCGUUUAUUUUCUGUUUGACAGGGAAAAAAAGUGACAUUUAUGACUAAAAUGUUCAUAUUUAAAGUGUUUAGAGGGAAAAAAAAUUUAAGUUUUGUGCUUUGUUGUAAAGAAAUAGUUAAUUUUGAGGCUAAAUUCGUUUUUUUGUUGUUAGUUUUCAGCACAGAAAUCUAAAUAAAUCUUGAAUUUUUAGUUGAUAAAAGUUUGUUUGGAUGUAAAAUUAUAGUUUUUUCUUGUUGUAUUUUUAAACCUGUGCAUCUUUUCUUUUGUUCUUUUUUUUACUGUAGUUCGAUGUUUUUUUUUUUUUUUGGUUGUUUUCCAGUAAGAUAAAAGGAUCUUUAAAACUUUCACUUGUAAAUUAAUGUUUUAAAGACAGAAAACACUGAAAUGAAAAUAAAUAACGUGUGAAUAAAUAAUUUCACUCAGAUGAAGAAUAAAAAGCAGCACAAGAGAAACAAACAGAUGUGUUUUCAAAUAUGUUGCCGUUUGAAUGAGGAUAUUCCAGUUUUUGCUGCAUUUUUCUUUAUUUGUUGAAACUUUUCUAUAUUUUUGUUGUUUUCCAGGAAGAAAAGAUUAAAAAACUAAUAGUGCCCUGCACUGAUCUUUAAAAACAAACUUGUUAUUUAAAGACAGAACAUUUGCUGUCAGAUAAAUGCAGUAAAAACUGGAAAAUUUUGCUCUGAAAUGUCAUGAAAGUGUAAAUUAACAACAUAGAAAUCCUAAGGGGGAGGAACAAGUACGUCAAAAUGGUACUAAAGUAUAGUACUUGAGUAAAUGUACUUAGUUACUUUCAACCACUGAGUAAAAUCUUCAUAUUUAAGUAGCAGUACAACAGAAAAAGUACAAAUAUUCCCUCUGAAAUACGAAGCAUAAAGUAACAAAAAUUGCAAAUAUUUGAGUAGAAGUACCUCAAAACUGUACUUAAGCUUAGUUUACUUAUUACACUUUUACUUGAGUAAAAGUAACUAACGCUGUCAGAUCAAAUGUAAUGCAGUAAAAAGUAGAAUAUUUUUGCUCUGAAAUGUAGCAGAGUUAAGGUAAAAAGUAGAAUAAAAUGGAAAUACUCUAAUUAAGUACGUCAAAAUUGUACUUAAGUAUAGUACUUGGAUAAAUUCAGUUACUUCCAAUAAGUGAGUAAAAGGAUGGUCUGUGUUCACGUUUUUACUCGAGUAAAAGUAACUAAAGCUGUCAGAUAAAAUAUAGUGGAGUAAAAAGUAGAAUAAAAUGGAAACACUCAGGUAAAGUAUGUCAAAAUUGUACUUAAGUAUAGUACUUGGGGAAAAUUACUUGGUUACUUUCAACAAGUGAGUAAAAUGACAGUCUGUGUUCACAUUUUUACUCAAGUAAAAGUAACAAGCUGUCAGAUCAAAUGUAAUGGAGUAUAAAGAAGAAUACUUUGCUCUGAAAUGUAGCAGAGUUAAGGUAGAAAGUGGAAUAAAGUGGAAAUACUCGAGUAAAGUAUGUCAAAAUUGUACUUAAGUAUAGUAUUUGAGUAAAUUUACUUAGUUCCUUUCAACCACUGGGUAAAAUCUUCAUAUUAACAUGACAGUACAACAGAAAAAGUACAAAUAUUUCCUCUCAAAUGUGAAGUAUAAAGUAGCAAAAACUGCAAAUACUCGAGUACAAGUACCUAAAAGUAUGCUUUAGGCAAGUACUUGAAGAUGUGUUUAAAAGACCAAAAAAAACUCUUAAAACUGCUUUUUUUUGCUUUAAAUGCGGCAAAUUAAAGCAUUUCUUGCACCCUAAUGUGAAUUUAAACACAAUCUUGGUGUUUAAAACUAAAAUAUAAAAGCUGACGUCAAUAUUUAAGGUGUUUUGGGAUAAAAAUACUUAAAUUUUGUGCAACACUGGAUAUUUGCUUAUUAAAUCGCUUAUUUUUGUGGAUAAAUUAGCUGUUUUUGUUUGUGUUUUGUAAUUGAACUAUGUUCCUGUUUAAAUAAUUUUGCUUUAUGAAAUGUGUUUUGUGAGAAUUUGUAAUACUUUUUUUCUGAACUUUGAUCACAUUUGAUGAAACUUUUCUCUAUUUUUGUUGUUUUCCAGUAAGAAAACACUAAAAUAAAAUGUGAGCUGCAUCGAUUUUUCAAACCAAACCUGUAAAUUAACGUUUCAAAGACAGAAAAACACAAAUGAAAUGAAAAUAAAUAACGUGACGGCAGCUCAGAAAAUAAUGAAUUUUCAGUUUUUGUUUGUUUCAUAGCUGAAUUAUGUUGCUGUUUAAAUGACAAUUUUCCUUUUUGAAAUUUUUUGAGCAUUUUUAAUACUUUUCUGAAAUGUGAUCACAUUUGAUGAAACAUUUGUUCAUUUUUAGAAAGAAAAGACUAAAAUGAAAUGUGACCUGUAUCGAUUUCCCAAACCAAACUUGUAAAUUAAUGCUUCAGUUGAAUUUGAAAGGCUUUUUUCUGCUUUAAAUUCUGUAAAUCGAAGCAUUUUUUUGCAUCCUAAUGUGAAUUUAAAUACAAUCUUGGAGUUUAAUACUAAAAUCUAAAUUCUGACGUCAAUAUUUCAGGUGUUUUGGGAUUGAAAAAAAAAUGUUUAAAUUAUGUGCAAUGCUGGAAAUUUACCAAUUAAAACACUUAAUUUUGUGGAUAAAUAAGGUUUUUUGUUGUUCGAACCAUUAGUUUGCAGCUCAGAAAAUGAUUUAUUUAGUUUAAGCACAUCUAACAGCAGCUGUGUGUAACUGAAUUAUUUUGCCGUUUAAAUGAUUAUUUCCCAUUCUGAAAUAAUAUUUUGAAGCAUCUUUAACACUGUGCAUAUUUGUUUUGCCUUUUUUUAAUGUAGUUUGACCACAUUUGAUGAAACUUUUUUCUAUUUUUUGUUGUUUAAAAUGUGACCUGCAUCGAUUUUUCAAACCAAACUUGUAAAUUAACGUUUCAAAGACAGAAAAACACUGAAAUAAAGUGAAAAUAAAUAACGUGGCGGAGAAUAAAAACAGUAGAGGAGCGUACAGGGAUCGAUUUAUUCCAAGAAACUAAUCUCUUUACACGGCGGUGGGAUGAAAUGAGGAAUAAAUAGAUGCUUUUUUUUCUGUUCUGAGAGUUUUUUUCGCUUUUUUCUUUUACUGGAAAUGUACAGUUUGAAGCCAAAUGAAGCAAAACGUCUGUAGUUGCUACGCUGCGACCUGCGAGAGGAAACACUUCCGCUGGAGGUCUGAGAAAAGACGCCGCCGGCUUCGUGAUGCGGAUGGAAAUCAAGUGUGAAUGGAUAAAAAUGCUGAAAGUUACAGUACUGCUGAGGAUCCUCCGAAAUGAAACAUGCAUCUGGGCUGAAAGCGUCGUCACCACGGAAA